GCCAGGAGGAGGCUGUGCACUUCGCUGCUGGGAGGACGGGGGUGGCGUGCAACAUACUGAUCUCCCCCUCAGGAAAUCCACACAGCUGCUCCUCAGGACGGGCCCUAAAUGUGCUCUGCACAGCUCUGCCUUCCCUCUGGUUUGGACAUUAUCCUGUGUCGAUGCCUCAUGCUCCUGCCACUGUUUCUCUCUGGAAAGGCUGGUCACAGAUGUUGCUUUAAAUCCCUUGCAUCAAAUUCAUGGACUCUGCUCUGUUUCAGGGGCAGAGCUGAAUGAAGGGAAUAGCCUGAGAAGGCCCCGCUGUGCGGACAUGGUUGAUCUGGAGGCAUGCCCCUUGCUGUACAUGCCUGUCUGUGGGACCGAUGGGAACACCUAUGCCAACGAAUGCUUGCUCUGUGUGCAGCAAAGGAAAACUAGGCAAGACAUCCGGAUUUUGAGGGACAGGGAGUGUGAAGAAGUCUGAGCUUUCUGGUAGCCGUCCUGAGCCAUGGAAACAGGUGAUUAAUAGAUCCUGUGCGCUCUGUGCUGAUUGCACACUUCAGUCAGUGAUGAUGAAUAAUAAAAUGACAUGCGCAAUGCUC